AUGUCCAAGACUCAAAACAAUGACUCAAACACACAACGAGCAGUCUCGAUGGAGCCACCGCCCUAUAGCCCUCUCGUAGAUGUUAGGUCGUUUACAUUUAAAGAGGAAGCAGAUAAUACAAUCGCUGUCUUAACCAAACAAGCACUUGGUACAAGAUAUAGCAUUGUUCCGCCUACUGUAGGUGAACCGUAUUAUUCGAUAUUGCAUCGGUCAUCAGGAAAAUUAUACUGGGAGCUCAAGACACGCGCCGACUCUCCCAAAGGCCGGCCAACUCCAGCAUGGGACAUAACUGAUCAGCAGUCAGCACCGUCUCCAAUGACAUAUGAAGAGAAUCUCAAUGGAUACGUCACAUCAUACAACGGGAAAGUCUUUCUAUGGAAAAUGACAAAUGGUGGCGGACUCUAUUGCGUUGAAGGAUUAAACAGUACUGGGACAAGAGUGGCGGAGCAUGAUGUGGUGUCCAAUAGCAUAAAUAUCGAUGUUUCUCGCCGAGAAUCGGCAGAGGGUCCUCAUACUGAUAGUACACGUUUUGAGACAUUCAUGAUCCUGACAGGCUACAUAGUGAUGAUUGAAAUCCAAAAAUUAGAAAAGAUGCUCACGUGUCCGUCACUAGUUCCCAGCUGGGCUUCGUCUCUUUUGUGCUGUGGAUGCUUUUGCGCUUAG